GUUGCCCCUUUUUCUCCAGCCCGUGGGUCCCAGCAGAGCUCCGCUGCGCGCGGGGGCGGAAGGGGCGCGCGCAGGGGAGGGACCGAGGGACGCGCCGACUUUUUAGAGGGAGGGACCCGGUGGACAACCGGUUCCGCGGAGCUUGCAGAGCAGAAACGAAGUGCGGUGCGCGGCGAUCAGGGGGGUCAAUUUCCCGAGUGUCGCUGCCUCCUGUCUGCCUGGGUUGGGGGACAGCCCGGGAACGAAAAGCCCAGCCCGCGGCCGGGCCGGUGGACCAGCGAGCGCGCAGCAGACUGUGCGCGGCCGCGGCGAGGGCGGGGAAGAAAACCACCCUGUUUCCUCUCCGGCCCCCACCGCGGAUCAUGUACCAGGAUUAUCCCGGGAACUUUGACACCUCGUCCCGGGGCAGCAGCGGCUCUCCUGCGCACGCCGAGUCCUACUCCAGCGGUGGCGGCGGCCAGCAGAAGUUCCGGGUAGAUAUGCCUGGCUCGGGCAGCGCCUUCAUCCCCACAAUCAACGCCAUCACCACCAGCCAGGACCUGCAGUGGAUGGUACAGCCCACAGUGAUCACCUCCAUGUCCAACCCUUAUCCACGCUCACAUCCCUACAGUCCCCUGCCAGGCCUGGCUUCAGUCCCCGGGCACAUGGCUCUCCCCAGACCUGGAGUGAUCAAGACCAUCGGUACCACCGUGGGCCGCAGAAGGCGAGAUGAGCAGCUGUCUCCUGAAGAGGAGGAGAAGCGUCGAAUCCGGAGAGAGAGAAACAAGCUGGCUGCAGCCAAGUGUCGGAACCGUCGUCGCGAGCUGACUGAGAAGCUGCAGGCGGAGACAGAGGAGCUGGAGGAGGAGAAGUCUGGGCUGCAGAAAGAGAUUGCUGAGCUACAGAAGGAGAAGGAAAAGCUGGAGUUCAUGCUGGUGGCCCACGGCCCUGUGUGCAAAAUCAGCCCCGAGGAUCGCCGCUCGCCCCCCACCUCCGGGCUGCAGUCCCUACGGGGUACAGGCAGUGCCGUUGGCCCCGUGGUGGUGAAGCAGGAGCCUCCCGAAGAGGACAGCCCCUCUUCCUCAGCAGGGAUGGACAAGACCCAGCGCUCUGUCAUCAAGCCCAUCAGCAUCGCUGGGGGUGGUUUCUACGGGGAAGAGCCUCUGCACACCCCCAUCGUGGUGACCUCCACGCCUGCCAUCACUCCGGGCACUUCAAAUCUUGUCUUCACCUACCCCAGUGUCCUGGAGCAGGAGUCGCCUGCGUCGCCUUCAGAGUCGUGCUCCAAGGCUCACCGCAGAAGCAGUAGCAGUGGGGACCAGUCAUCAGACUCCUUGAACUCCCCCACGCUGCUGGCCCUGUAACCCUCUGCUCCUCUGGCCAGCUCUGGAGGAGACCUCAUCCAUUGUUGCCACACCCUCCCCAGGGACCAGCACCUUUAAGCACUCCAGGACCAUGAGGGCAAAAGGGGCCCCUGGCUCUGGGGACCCACCCGAUGGGACUUAGUGGUGAGAUACUGGUUGCUCUCUUAGAAGCCCUGGGACAACCCCCUCCCUCAUUCAUCGUGCAAGCGAAUCCUCUUUCUUGAGAAGCCUCAGAGAACUUGGUUUGUGGACUCAGAUGCGCGCGUGCGGCUCCCCUGCUUCUGAAGCCCUGCCCCCCGGAGCCGGCCGGAGGUUUCCUGUCCCUUUGUUAUUCGUUGUCUCUGGAGUGACCGUGUCCUUUCCUGCCCCACCAAGCAUGCUCAGUGCCUUUUGGUUUCCCCACCUCCUGCUAGCAUCAGUUUUGCUCCCUCUGGGUCUUUACGAGAUUUGCCAUGACAUUUCAUCUGGGUGGUCCAGAUAGUAAACCGCUUUUCUUUCUGGAGCCGGGGAAGCAGAUGACUCUUCCACUGGGGCGGACGUGUCCUGAAGGGGCAGUCAAAGUGCAAUAUUAUUGAACCUUCCUUCCCUACACAUCCCGUGCGCUGUUAUUACAGACUGUGGGUUCCCUGAGUUCUGCCGGCGAUGCUGCCAUCACUGGGAUGCGCCAAGGACCUUUCCUCCCCAGUCUCAGAGAUGCACAUCUCUUUGAGGAUCAGCUUGGCCAGAAGACAGGGUGUGAGUGCGACAACUGGGGCACAGGUUGGGUUUGCCAAACGUCUAAUUACCAAGCCAGGAUUUGUGCCAACAAAGCCACAUGGCUCUCCUAGUGCGCUUCCUUCACCUGCCCUGAGCUGGGCGGCUCUUGUGAUUACUGCCUCACUGCCUGGACCCUUCCCUCUAGACUUGGGAAGCACUCCUUCCUAGAAGCCACACAUCACUCCAAGGCCCCGCUGGGCGCUGCUCACCCCAACUCCUCAUGGCGAUACCACCCGUGGAUAUUUAAGGAAUGUGGGAUGUGGGGUAGAGAUGGUUUCUGGCGCGAGGGGCCGCAGCCUCAGAUACCUAGCCUCCCCUGACUGCUCUCCAUCAGUGAGGUGCAGGAGCCCCCCACCCCCCAGUGGUCUCUGCUACUGAUGAAACCAGUGGGUUUCCUUUCAUACUCCCCUGGUCCACUCCGGAGUGACCCCCUGCCCCAGCAGGCCAGCUGGGAGUCGUCAUUGGUCUCUGCCAGUCUUGCUGGGCUUUGAGUGUCUAUGCGGUUCCUAUCAAAGCUAGUAUGUGUUCCUUUCCGCUGCAGAAGAACCAUCGCCGCCAUGGGUUCCCGGCCUCCAGCAAGGGCACAGCCCUGCCCUCUCUGCCUUUCUCUCCCUUUGUCCCCAUUGCUUGUUGACACAAGUAUGGAAGCAGAGUCUGGUCAGAACUUGUUUCUAGUGCUGAUGCUCUGACCUAGUAUUUCCACUCAAGAUCACUGUCCAUCUAAAGCCCUGUCACUCGACUCAAACUUAAUGGUAAAAUCCCAUUUUUUGAGAGAGAAGGGACACUUUCACAGACCCACACCCUUCUCGCCCCACGUUCACAUGUUCCUGUAAACACUUACAUGCAUGCAGAACACACAGGACACAGGAGUCAUGUGGCAAGCACGCACAGCCUGGCGGAACUGAAAGGAGCCGGCGCUGGCUAGGAGACAGGGAGUCGGAGGGAGGCCAUUUUGAUGUGUUCUUUCCCCUACACCUUGGCUCUAACUCUGCUAUUCUGGUCUCCCAGAGCUUCUAGGGGCGCGGGGGGUGGUGGAGGGGUGUGCUUCACUAGGUGUCUUGCUGGCCUCAGAGUCCUAGAAGCAGAAGACAGUGAAACCAGACCGGAGGAGUCCGGUAAAUACCCUGGGCAGUCUUAGUUGAAAAGCUUUAUCAUCUCAAGCCGAGUGGGAGCUCAAUCCCUCGUGCCUGUGGGUGUUUCUGAAAUGAAGCUGCUUCUGGUUCUUUUCUUUCCCAAAGCCCUUUUCUGCCCAUAGCUCAGAUCCCAGCCCAGGUCACAGGCCUGUGACUUGGUGCCCUGCUUGGACUAAGACUCCAAGUCUGGCUUUCGGUUCAGAUUUCAUCUGUGUUGACAUCAGUGCCAGAAAGCACAGCCAGUUAACGGGGCCUCUGAGGUCACCUUCCCUUCCGACCUGCUUGCUUUGCCCCACAAGACUUCUUGGCUUUUCCAAAGACAGAGAUCUCUGGUGGGGGAAGCUGAAUAUUUCUACCUAAACUGUGGGCGUGGCCUCAGUUCCCUUCCUUCUGGCUCACUGUCCAGGUUGGGUCACACACAUGUCACUCAUGCAUGCCUGCACUCCAGAAUCAGGUGCCUGGCUUGCUGACUGCCCCUCCCUGCCUCCAGGUCAGGGAGCAGCUGCGGUGGGGGCAGGGGGUGCUGUGUGCUCAUGGACAUACACGCUCCCCAUGUGUCUUCGGCUGUCAUGGUCCUGGGCUGGACUGUGAGCAACCCCUGGUGAGGACAGGGCAGGCACCCCUUAAUCAGAGAGCGUGAGACACAGUCCUGUCAUGGCUGGCUUCUGUGGGAGCAGUCCUUCUCUGGCUGGCUGGCUGGCUAGGCACACCUAUGGCACUGGAAAGAGGAGAGCCCAGGUGAGGCUUAGGAAAUUUAGGGAGCUAAACUCAAGCAAUUGGUUCCCUGGGGGGAGGUUUUGGCGAACUCAGACUGCUGCUUUCAUAGGCUAAGUGUGUCCAUGGUGGCCAGUCCUAGGAGCAAUUCAAAGCCAACAGUAAGCAGAACCUGGAGCUUUCUCCGGCUUUGGGGAGAGAGAACCCUAUCUGCUUCUACUUAGCUCCCAGUGGAAAAGGGGGCGGGCACAUCUGACGCGUCUGGAUUCAUCUUUUCCCCACUUUCCUGAGAGACCAAAAGUGUUCCUUGAGAUGUCACCAUUUAUCUUUCACAGUGACUUCCUUCCCUGAGCAGACAUUCAUGUGGCCUCGUUGGGGAGGAGAAGAAUCAGCACCUACUGUGUGCCGGGCACUAGGAGGCACUUUCAUAUUUAUCCUCUUUUAAGAUAGGACUAAGGGUUCAUCUCCCUCUAAAAGACCCCAAGUAAUGGCUAAACAAAAACACUUGAGGAUGAGAGAGAGGGCUUUCUUCAGAGACGCUCAGGUGGGAGUGCCUCUAGUCUGGUGGUCCUCAAAGACUCUCCUCCUCAGCAGCCAUCUGCCCAUCCCAGGCUCCUCCCCCCUCAGACUCCUCCUAUCUGGCUUGUGCUCCCCAGGUGGCUGAAGGGGCCACCUUAGUUCUCAUAGAAUUUGUGGACCAAUAGGAUAUGUGUUGUGUAUAACUUUAUUUUUAAACUGUAAGUAAAGGGUCUUGCAGCAUUGUGCUUGUGUUAUAUUAGCAUUUAUCUUCAAGCCAGCAUCUCACUAUUUAUUGACAGGGGCGUGUGUGUAUGUGUGUGUGUGUGUGUAUGCACAUGCAUGUGUGUGUUUCUGCAUGUGUAUGUGUGUGCACACAUAGGUGUUUGUGUGUGUUCAUGUGUAUGCAUGUGUGUACACAUGUGUGUGCCCAUGUGUAUGUCUGUGUGUGUUCAUAAGUGUGCAUGCUGUGUCUUCUUGAAGCUUUUUUUUUAAGGAUCAUUCUACUGCUAAGUCGGUGUCUCCUCUUGCUUCUAGUGUUUUGGCCAUGCCUCGCCACAUGUCUGUAAUGAUCCAGUACUCACAACAUGUUCAGGAGGAGCUGGGUCAGAUUUUGACUGAGGGUAUGGGAAGGGAAAGGGGAGAAGAAAUUGACAUUUAUUUUAUUAUUUAUUUUAAAUGUUUACAUUUCUUUGUGUUGUUCCAAGCCUGAAUAGAAAAGAUAGCAUUAAAGUACUCAGUUCCCAUCCCCAUCUCUGGCUUUCUCUCCCCCACUUCUUCUAACUUAGGAUAACGAUCUCUAAUUUGUUUGUUUCUCAAGUGAUUUGUGGACUCGUGCUGUAUAAACUGUAUUAAAAAAGGUUCUGUUUUUGAAGAUUGAUUGUCAUUCCUGUGGGGACAGUGGCUACUGAGAAAUCUACAUUGUAAGAGAAGACAAUGAAAGACCCUGGCCCCGUCUCUCAAAACUUAACUUUCGCUGUAUGAUUUUUUUUAAAAGAAAUAUUCCAUUUAUUUUACUUUGUGGUUACUUGAUUUUAAGGAAGAAAAUAUUCAACUUUGUAUAAAGACUAGGUAUCAGGGUUUCUUUUGCAGUGGGAGGUGUAUAUAUCGUAUUUUGGUAUAUAGUAGAAACUCAAGCUUUAUGCAUCUGUGUUUGGGAUAUGUUAAUGACGUGGAGUGAAAUUUGCUUAGACCCUGGAGGCAAAUGGGUUGUACAAGGUUUUACAGCUCCUUGGGGAAUUUUAUUUUCCUUUCUGGGCACCUUUUGUCCCCUGUUUUUAAAGUAACGGUGAAAUGGCCCUAGGAGGGUUGCUCUAGUUGAACCCUCCAGGCAGGACCGUAUGCUCAAAAAUCUUUGUAUAGUUUUAAAUUUUCGAGGAGUAUUUCUGCUCAGAAGCAUCUGUGGUGGUGUGUCGUGUUGUUCUGUGUACUGUAUGUGACACAAGCCUACAGUAUUUGCACUAAGAAAAGCUUGUUAGGAGCUUGCUGCUAUGGAGGGAAGAACAUAUUAAAACUUAUUUUCCCUCGGGGUUUGUUCUCGUUUUAUGUUCUUCUUGUUGUUGUUUUGUUAACUUUCCUACUUCCACUGAGUAGCAUUUUGUAGAAUAAAAUGAAUUAAGAUCAAA